AUGUGGAGUCAUGUGGCCAUCCUUGUGAAAUCUCACAUUAAUCAUCUAUUUAACUUGCAUUUUCCUCUUUCAUAGUUGAUUGGCUAUGCAUCAACUGCAGACGGGUAUUCAGCAGAUUUACCUCUACCACUGCCUAUCCGAGUGGAGGAUGAAAAUGACAACUACCCAGUGUUUACAGAAAGCAUUUAUAAUUUUGAAAUUCCAGAAAGUAGUAAACUUGGUACGACCGUGGGAGUGGUAUGCGCCACGGACAGAGAUGAGCCUGACACGAUGCACACGCUCCUGAGAUACAGCAUUUUGGAGCAGACACCAAGAUCACCUGGGCUCUUUUCCGUGCAUCCCAGAAAAGGUGUCAUCACCUUAACAUCUCACUCUCUGGACAGAGAGACAGCACACAAGUACACAUUGUUAAUGAAAGUACAAGACAUGGAUGGUCAAUUUUUUGGAUUGAAAGCUACAUCAACUUGUCUGAUAACAGUACGAGAUUCAAAUGACAAUGUACCUACUUUCAGACAUAAUGCUUAUGAGGCAUCAGUAGAGGAAAAUACAUUCAAUGUGGAAAUCUUACGAUUACCUGUAGACGAUAAGGAUUUAAUUAACACUGAGAACUGGAGAGCCAAUUUUACCAUUUUAAAGGGCAAUGAAAAAGGACAUUUCAAAAUCAGUACAGACAAAGAAACUAAUGAAGGCGUUCUCUGUGUUAUAAAGCCACUGAAUUAUGAAGAAAACCGUCAAGUGAUCCUGGAAAUUGGAGUAAACAAUGAAGCUCCCCUCACAACAGAUACUGCAAUUAGAUCAGCAACCAUGAGCAGAGCCGUGGUUACAGUUCAUGUGAAGGAUCAGGAUGAAGGGCCUGAAUGCAACCCUCCAACCCAAUACAUACAGAUUAAAGAAAACUCAGAAGUCGGGUCAAAGAUCAACGGCUAUAAGGCAUAUGACCCAGAAACUAAAAGUAGCAAAGGUUUAAGAUAUAAAAAAUUACAUGAUCCUGAAGGGUGGAUCAAUAUUGAUGAAAUUUCAGGGUCAGUUAUGACUUCUAAAACCCUGGACAGGGAGGCAGUGACUCCCAAAAAUGGCUUAUAUAAUAUUACAGUCCUGGCAAUAGACCAAGGUGGUAGGUCAUGUACUGGGACCCUUGCAGUGAACCUUGAAGAUGCCAAUGAUAAUCCACCAGAAAUACUUCAAAGUUAUCUAACAGUUUGCAAACCAAAGAUGACCUAUACUGAAAUUUCAGCUGUUGAUCUCGAUGAAGCUGUCAAUGGCCCUCCAUUUUCUUUCUCCAUGGCAAAUGCUUCUCCGGAAAUCAGAAGAAUAUGGACCCUCACGCAGGUUAACGAUACAGCUGCCCGUCUUUCGUAUCGGAAUAAUGCUUACUUUCAAGAAUAUGAUGUUCCUGUUACUGUAAAAGACAGAGCAGGUCAAUCUGCCACAAAAACCUUGAGAAUUAAUCUAUGUGAUUGUGUUCAUCCAAGUCAAUGUAAAGCAGCUUCCAGGAGUGGAGUAGUGCUUGGAGAAUGGGCGAUCCUGGCAAUAUUACUGGGGGUAGCAUUGUUAUCUUGUGUAUUGCUAACUUUAGUAUGUGGAGCUGUUGGUAUCAGAAGAGGAAAGCGUUUUCCUGAAGAUUUAACUAAACAAAACUUAAUUAUAUCAAACACAGAAGCACCUGGAUAUGAUAGGGUGUGUUCUGCCAAUGGAUGUAUAACCCACAGUGUCAACAACUCUAGCCAAGACUUUUGUGGUACCAUGAGAUCAGGAGUCAAAACUGGCAGGCAGGAAACCAUUGAGAUGGUGAAAGGAGGACAGCAGACCUUGGAAUCCUGCCAGGGGGCAGGGCAUCAGCACACCCUGGAAUCGUGUAAGGGAGGAGGACACCACACGCUGGAUUCCUGCAGGGGAGGACAUGUGGACGCGGACAACUGCAGAUAUACUUACUCGGAGUGGCAGAGUUUCACUCAGCCUCGUCUUGGCGAAAAAUUGCAUCUAUGUAAUCAGAAUGAAGACCGUAUGCAAUCUCAAGAUUAUGUCCUUACAUAUAACUAUGAAGGAAGAGGAUCUCCAGCUGAGUCUGUAGGUUGCUGCAGUGGAAAACAGGAAGAAGAUGGACUUGACUUUUUAAGUAAUUUGGAACCCAAAUUUACUGCACUAGCAGAAGCCUGCAUGAAGAGAUAAUGUCACUGUGCUACAAUUAUACAUGUAUUUGUCAGACAUUUUGGAGGCUUCCAAAAGGGGAAUGUUUUAAAAUUAAAAUUUACACACAUACACACACACACAUCCCACUACACACACACGCACAUGUAUUCAUUACAUAUAAUUAAUUUUUCUGAAUUUUGAAUGAUGCUAUUUACCAAUUUGUGUAUUGAAAGCAAUUUGUUGCUUAUCUUUUCCAAGAUGCACAAAAUGUUAAAACAGAUUUUGCUUUCCUUACUGCUGAGAAAAUAGACAACGAGCAAAUCUCAUCAUUUGUACCAUUUGAAUUAAGGUCUAUGAAGAACCUGCUCUUCUUCACAGAUAUUUUCCUAACAAAUAUGUUGGGUGAAUACUAGUCCAACAUUAGUUAAGCUCUGCUUGGUUGAAUAUUAUAAAAUUGAUACCUGGCUUAGAAAUUCUAGUCUUGUUCCAGAUUUACAUGUAAGUGGAAUCACAGUAUAUCAAACACUGUGGUAAAUUAUGUUGGAUAUUUUAGCUUUGAAAAAUCAGUAGCACCUAGUCAGUGGCUCUUGACUAAGAUUCUUUCUGGAUGGCAACAAGAUCAGGGAGAACAGUCUUGUACCUAUUUGGUUACUCUAGUCAAUUCUCAAAAAUACACAACCACAAAUUCAAACUACAGCAGAU